AUGGCGCGAAUCUCAGACUUGAUUCUAGAUUCGAAGCUAGAAACGCAUUUCCUCCCGGACUGUACAGUUCACACCUUUCAAGAGUCCGACCCGAACUCGAGGCAACGCCUGGUAAUCAGAUCAGAGCACUGGCGCCGGCAAAGGAAGAUCGGAGGCGGAGGGUUUGGCACCGUCUGGCUCGAGACAUGCACUCAGGGCUCGCGGGGAACGACUCAGAAUGCUCCAGUGCGCGCAGUCAAGCAGAUUGAUUUGGACCCGCGACUCGGCAAGCUCGACUAUAAUCGUGAGCUCGAGGCUAUUGCCAAGUUCUCGCAUACUCGUUACGAGCGAUGUUUCGUCAAAUCAUUCGGGUGGUAUGAAAGCUCGAGCCAGCUCUUCAUAGCCAUGGAAUACCUUGAGAUCGGCGACCUUUCCACGUAUCUUCGUGAGAAUCCUCCACUUCCAGAGAACGAGGCAAAGUAUAUCGCGUACCAAGUUCUCGAUGGUCUGAAUAUGAUGCAUCGAAAUGGAUUCGCUCAUCGAGACUUGAAACCGAAUAACAUCCUGAUCGAAUCACAUCCUCCACACGAUUGGUGGAUCAAACUCGCAGACUUUGGUAUCACGAAACGCGUUGAAGAAGGCCGCGGACAAACGACAACGAUCACGGGAACCCCAAGAUAUUUUGCCCCCGAAAUCUGGGGAUUCAGCAAGCGAGAAAAUGCAUAUGCCUCAGACAUAUGGGCACUUGGGGAGAUCAUCUUUGAGGUCCUUACCAAGAAACCUGCAUUUGGCAACCCUGCAUCGAUCGCGGGCUAUAAAAGUGACGAGCAAUUCCCAAUCAAAUCACUCACUGAGGCCAAUGUUAGCCAAUCGGGGAUUCACUUUAUUAUCUCGCUCAUGCAUCCUGAUCCUAAGGAUCGAAGGACCACUGCAUCAGCCUUGUCAGACAAAUGGAUACAAUCGCUGGUACCCCAUUCCUUCGAGUCCGCGAAACAAAAUCAACGCGAGUCUCAAUUUUCCCCCUCUGUUGCAGACUUGACCGAGGAGUUCGCGUCAUGGAACACACGUUAUUCCUCGGAUGAUACGGUAACUGUUAGAUAUGGAAAUUCUCCUUCAAUCGCACGAAAUUUGAUAGAAACGACCGAAAACCCGGUCAUUGUGGCAGAGAAAACUCAAACGAGCGUUUCUCUGGGAACUACCCCACUCGAGACAGCUCCAAGCCAAGCCGAGAUUAACGAGCUCAGUCCCGAAGAACUCAGAGAGCAAAGGCGUGUCAUCAACUCUCUUUGCGUGGACAAGCGGCUGGUGGAAGCAGAGACUAUGCUUCGCCGGAUUUAUCAAAUACACAGUAUCUGGCAACAUCAAGACGCCACCCAGUUACUCAGUUCUGGAUACUGGCUUACCAGCUUGUUCCUUAAUCGGAAGCAAUUCAAAGAGGCCGAGACUUUAUCUCGCGACGUUUUACAGGGGUAUGAGAGAGUUCUAGGCCCUGAUCACGAAGAAACACUUUACUGUGUAGAUUUGCUUGGACAGUCUCUCUAUCAACAGGAACGUUACAGCGAGGCAGAGGCUAUAACCCGCCGAGCUCUCUGUAGCCGAGAGAAAACACUAGGGCCUGGUCACAGAGCUACCAUGGAAUCCUUAUACGCGCUUGGCCAAAGUCUCUAUGGUCAGCACCGGUACAAGGAGGCGGAGACCGCAUACCGUCAAUCUUUGCAAGGGUACAAGCAACUGCGAGGCCCAAUACGUCCUAACGUAGUGGCUGCUGCGUACGGCCUAGGUCUGACUCUCUAUGAUCAGGAACGAUAUGGAGAAGCAGAGACAACUUUCCGCGAAGCUCUUGAGGGGCAAGAGCAUUUGCUUGGCAAAAGUCAUAAAGAUACACUUCAAUCUAUGACUCGGCUAGGUCUGUGUCUCUUUGAACAAGGGAAUUAUAAGGAAUCGGAGAUCAUGUUCCGCAAAGCGCUUCAGGAGUAUAGGAUAGUGCUUGGUCCGACACAUAAAGACACGUUGGCCUCAGCCCACAUGCUAGGAAGGUCUCUCCAGAAUCAAGACCGAGUUGAUGACGCAGUGAAAGAAUUUUGUCGAAUUUGUGAUGAGCAAGGGGAGCCGCUUAGCGUCAACGACGAAAGUACGCUUGACACAGUAUACUGGCUUGCUAUGUCUCUCCAUUGUCUAGCCCGGUACACCGAGGCAGAGCCUUUGUUACGCCGAGCUCUUCACGGCCGAGAGAAAACGCGCGGACCUGAUGAUGACGGGACUAUCGAGUGCGCAUACUGGCUUGGUCACACCCUCUAUGUUCAAAAUCGGUACAAGGAGGCAACGGAUGCCUAUUACCGAGCGCGUAGGGGACUGCUGGAAACAAUGAUAGGUCCCAGUCAUGGAAUCGCGCUUGAGGCUACAUUCUAUCUCGGCAAGUGUCACUAUGAACUACACGAGUACAAAGAGGCAGAAAACAUGUUUCUCCAAGCUCUCCAGGGACAAGAGCAGAUCUUUGGGGAAAAUCAUGACAAAGCACGUCUAACAAGAGAGUGCCUCGAGAAAACACAUCAAAAGGCUACUGCUCAAUCUCUCCAGAAACCCCUUCCAGAUAUUGCUGAAGGUCUCGAGAAAGCUCGUCAAAAGGCUCUUGCUAGAAGUCGUCGUAGACCUCUGCCUGCCAUGGACGUGGAGACAUUCCCCCGGCUUCGAGAUCAGGAUGACACCACGCAUUAUUGGAUUUCGUGA